CAGUAGGUACCCAAGAUUGUGCUAGAGACCAGCCGUAGUGGGGCGCUGAUUGUCUACUUUCAUGUCAAGCAAAGCUCAUGGAAUAAGUGGAUGGACCGUUAUUACUUUGAGGUUGAGAGUGAGUUCUACACGGCGGGAGUAGAGAUUAUCCCGAAGCGUGGAAAGAAUUGGCUUGCUUCUCUUGGUGCGAUACUGGAGGCAUCCUGUUGCGGUAUGAAGGGCAAAUGUAUAAACGAGUGUAUUUUGUUGUGCUGUGUUCUUGUUCUGCUUGUAUAUUUGCUCUCCAAGGCUCGCUGCGGGGUCUAUUUUGAUGACGUGUUUGUGAUGCAGCUGAGGUAAGGGGUGCUCAACAACAUGAGGAAGCAGCACCAGACCACCGCCAACAACACGUGAUCUGCUUCUCCUCUCAACCGUUACACAUCCUCUCUCUCUACUUGCCGUAUGAGGUUUCGAAAGCUCACGGCCUGGAAGAGCUUUUUCAUGAGAAUUCGGCG